AUGACAAAAUCACCACCAAUUGUGUUCAUAGCCAGACAUGGCGCCCGCCUUGAUGCUGCAGACAAAGACUGGCAUCUUACCUCGCCUACGCCUUACGACCCCCCUCUCUCCUACGGUGGGUGGAUGCAAGCUCGCGCCCUGGGUGUACGGAUCGGAAGUCUACUGAGAGCCCGGAAAUUCACUGGAGAAGAGCCGAAAGACCAGCAUAAUCCGGCCUUAGAUGAUCAGGCCAGCCUAAAACCCGCCCCCGCAUCGGACCUGCACGGCCGAUAUAACGUCAUUGUCCAUACCUCUCCAUAUCUGCGAUGUCUUCAAACUGCCAUUGGUGUCAGUGCGGGUAUCAGCUCACAUCCUGCUGAGACAAAUGAGUCAAGCCCUUCGCCAGUCGCAGUCUCGUCAAACCCCGACCCGCGAUGUCUGCUUCGGGUGGAUGCAUUCUUGGGAGAAUGGCUGUCACCAGACUACUUUGACCAGAUUACCCCACCUCCUAGCUCGGAUAGAAUGGUGGCGUCUGCCAAAGCGGAACUGCUGCGUCGUGCCGAAGUCAUCCCUGUUGCAGACGGGUCGGCGAGAGCCUUGUCAGGUCAUUUUCCCGGUGGCUGGGGCAGUCAAUCCCAUCCCAGUUCACCCACAACCGAGGAAGAGGAGGGUCUGCAUUCUAAAACUACCCAACCCGGUCUGCGACAACGUGCAAGUACCUAUGAUACCCAGCAAAAUUUGGUCCAUGCCAAGAACGCAAAGAAGUCCCUGGACCGUUUGAAUACGGACCUACCCCCUAUUCUAGAUGCGUUCUAUGUACCUCCCACACCCAGUUACGCGGUCUCUUCUUCCGACCCCAUCCCUGUUGGUUAUGUUGCCCAUGCACGGAACGCAUGCACGAAAAUUGAUUACCAAUGGGACAGCUUGCGCACACCCUACUGGGGAACUGGAGGUGAAUAUGGCGAAGAGUGGAGCACCAUGCAUGAACGUGUGCAUGAUGGCUUCCAGCACAUGGUGAACUGGUACCGAGCGCAGGGAUCAUCUGACCGAAGGUCUGGGACCACCUCGAAUGGCGCCAGCGCCGACCGUGAUGCGCAAACGGUCCUCGUUAUAAUCACACAUGGCGCAGACUGUAAUGCAUUGAUCAGCGCGUUGACUGGUCACUCGGUCCUCCUCGAUAUCAACACGGCUUCACUCACGAUGGCUGUACGACGCAACCGCAUCAAGAGCCCCGCCCCGGAGGAUGCGCGUAAUUCUCCGCAGCGUCAGGGGAGCCAAUCGGUCUCACGGGAAUACUCCCUGCAGCUUGUGGCGUCCACUGAUCAUCUGCGGCCAGGAAUCAACCCCUCACAACUCACCUCGCUGGCAUCUUCCUCUGUGCCACAGCCUGUUCCAUCAGCUCCGGUCUCGUCCUAUCGAAAUCGACUUACUUCUCGUCCAUCGCUCCUACAGGGCCCAUUGACAACUGAAGCACCACCGAAUUCCAUUACGAGCCCUCGUGGCUGGACGCUGGCCAUGCGCUCGUCUACUAACCCUCGCAGUGCCUCUGGCCUCUGGGGUUCCAUGUCUCCUGAAAAGACCGAAAAGACUGAAAAGUCUGAAAACACUGACAAGGUCGACAAGGUCGACGACACAGACGACGACUUUGUACCAAACUUUGGCGACCGCCCAGUUAGCCAAGAUUCAGCGCCUCCUGAGAAGCCUGUGGAUAGCUGGACAAAACAGUUACCGCAACGGACGCUGUCGCAACGUGGUUUAUGGGGAAGCGCGCAAUCGUUGGAGGAUCGCGAGGGUGGAUCUAAGCGACGAUGGACAGUGACGGAGCAGAAGUUAUGA